AUCUUCUCACACUCAUCAACAACAUUUGAUCAUAUAGCUCAUAAGCAUUUGAUCAGCACAAUCUAUCUCGAUUUUACCCACAAUACAAACUUUUCAUCAGUAAUCAAAACACAUCAUUGGAAGAUGGGAAGAGCUCCAUGCUGCGAGAAGAUGGGAUUGAACAGAGGCCCAUGGACGCCUGAAGAAGAUCAAAUUUUGGUCUCUUUUAUCCAUCAACAUGGCCAUAGUAACUGGCGAGCCCUCCCUAAGCAAGCUGGUCUUUUGAGAUGUGGAAAAAGCUGUAGACUUAGGUGGAUGAACUAUUUAAAACCUGAUAUUAAAAGAGGCAAUUUCACCCAAGAAGAGGAGGAUGCUAUCAUUAGUUUGCACCAAAUCCUUGGCAAUAGAUGGUCAGCAAUCGCAGCAAAAUUGCCAGGAAGAACGGAUAAUGAGAUCAAGAACGUAUGGCACACUCACUUGAAGAAGAAACUCGAAGAUUAUCAACCAGCUAAACCUAAGGCCAGCAACAAGAAAAAGGGUACUAAAACCAAACCUCAAUCUGUACCAGCGAAAUUAAACAGCACCAGAAGCGAAGCGGGGCUCGCAAAUUCAUCAACACCUUCUUUUGAAAGCUUGUUCUCUGCUUCACCUUCGUCGAGUGAUGAGGUUUCUUCGGUGACAUUCUUGAGCCACGAAGGUCAUAUCAACGAGGCUAAGAUGGAUAGUAAAUCGGGAGAAAUGAUUACUACAAUAGAUCAUGAUUCGUUAUCUUUCAUUAACUUCGGAGAAGACAUCGACGAGAGCUUCUGGAACGAGACGCUUUAUAGCCAAGAUGAAGAAAACAACGCGUCGAAUCCUGAAGUGGCUGGUUUUGAUGAGAUGCAACAAGAUUUUCAGCAAUUUGGCUCCGUUGGUAAUGAGAUGGUUUUCGACAGUGAGAUGGACUUCUGGCUCGAUGUAUUGGCUAGAACUGGUGGGGAACAAGAUCUAUUAUCUGGGCUUUAAUGGUGCAAAUUUUGUCUAGUUAGUUUAUUAAUUAGCGGUUGCCUUUUGCGAAAAAAAUUGUUCAUUUGUUUCUCCAGGACGAGUAGUUAGUUCAGUAAUAAUCAAUGAUAAGUGAUAAACUACAACGUA